CUCCGACAGACUCGAGUCCAAUCACCGUACACUGUACUCUGCAGGCCACAGCCGCGCCGCGCGCAUGGCAGUGGGGGCGGCCUCGCCGGCGGCAGGGCACGCUGCACAGGCGAUCGGCAGUAGGGACGGGUCAGGGGGUAAAGCGACGUCGGAGGUCGCGGAGAAGGAGGAACCGCGGCCGGCGGAGCGAGUGCCGUUGCCAGGAAUGGGGAGAGGGAACGGAGCGGGGCCAACGGAUGGGGUACCAGCGGCGACCGCCGUGGAAGGAGAGGAGGAGGAGGAAGAGGAGGAGAAGUGGCUGAAGGAUUACUCGUCGAUGCACAGCAUAUUGACCGUCGGCGACGGGGACUUCUCCUUCUCGCUGGCGCUGGCCUCCAAGUUCGGCUCCGGAGCGUUGAUGGUCGCGACGUCGCUCGACACGUAUGAGGUGUUGAUAGGAAAAUAUAGGGACGCAGAGUCAAAUACAACGAAGCUGAAAAGACUGGAAACCAUGGUGUUGCAUGGCAUUGAUGUGAAAAGAAUGAAAUAUCACACUGACCUGACAAGCAGACGGUUUGACCGGAUUGUCUUUAAUUUUCCUCAUGCUGGUUUCAAAGGAAAAGAGGACGACAUGCAUUUGAUCAAAUUGCAUAAGAAACUACUGAGGGAUUUUUUCAGCAAUGCACGCCACCUUCUUAUGCCUUGUGGGGAAAUCCAUGUCAGACACAAGAGAGGAGGGCCAUACGAAAGAUGGGAUCUUGAGCACUUAGCCUCUGAGUCUUCUCUUAUUAUGUUUGCGAAGGAAAGUUUCCAAAAAGCAGACUAUCCUGGUUAUAACCAAAAGAGAGGAGAUGGUGCAAGGUGUGACCAAGCAUUCUAUCUUGGUCCUUCUUGCACAUUCAAGUUUCAAAUAGGAGACUUGAAGAAACAGAAGAAACUGAGUGGAAACAAUGCUGGUUCAACCUCAUCCCUUGGAGGCAGCAAUGCCCCUCCUUGCAAUCUGGAAACAUAUACUAGGCCAUUUCAUUCAUUUCCACUUGUUCAAGCAUGGCCUUGGCUACAUUUUACUCCACCAGCUAACACAGUUCGCAUGCCGAUACCACUGCAGCCCUACAUAGUUGCUCAGAGUCAACAGCCAGGUCUUUCACUAAACUUGGAUGGCAUUGUGAGGGCUCCUUUACAUCAACUGCCAAGCUUCAGCAUCCCAGGGCCAUCGCCAAAUGAGUUGUCUGUUCCAGGCAGCAUUCCUCUGCCAACCUGCAGAAUUGCACCUCCCAAUCUCCUUGCACUCUUGAAGCAAGCUUGGUACCAGCAGGGAAGUAUCGGUGGUCUGCCAGGACAUGGACAUCAACAGCCAAGCUUCAUCAUCCCAGGACCAUUGCCGAAUGAGUUGUCUACUCCAGGCGGCAUUCCUCUACCAAUCUGCAGAACCACAUUUCCCGAUCUCCUUGCACUCUUGAAGCAGCCUUGGUAUCAGCAGAGAAGUAUUGCUGGUCUGCCAGGACAUGAUGUCUUUUCUUACUUCGAAUACCAAAGGCGUCUGCAGAGGGAGUGUGAAGUGUCGAGGAAAGCUAUGAUGCCUGGAGCAGCUGGCUUGAGCUAUUCUUCUGCCUUCUUGGAACAACAACGCCAGGAUUCUGUUCAGAGGCACGGAAGGUGUCUGCAGGGGCAGUCUGAAGUGCAGAUGAAAGCUAUGAUACCUGGAGCAGCCGGCUUGAACUAUUCUUCUGCCUUCUUGGAACAACAACGCCGGGAUUCUGUUCAUAGGCACGGAAGGUGUCUGCAGGGGCAGUCUGAAGUGCAGAUGAAAGCUAUGAUGCCUGGAGCAGCCGGCUUGAGCUAUUCUUCUGCCUUCUUGGAACAAUGCAACAGGGAAUCCGUUCAGAGGAGCGGCGGAACAAGAUGAUCGCGUAGGUUGUCAGUGAAGGUUAGUCGCCGGAACCUUGGGACUUCGGACUUCUAUGUGUAUCUUCGAGGAGGAUCGAUCAGUUACUCGGUAGAGGAACUUAGCCUCUCCAGACAUGAGACAUUUUGUAGUAAAAUGACCAAGUGUUUUCUGUACUGUGUACAAGGUAGAGCCACUUAUGUAUCGAACACUGACAGCAUCAGAAGGAAUGUUUAUUUCACUAUCUGUGUAAAUGCAACCAUCGACACAGUCGAAUCUGGGUUUUGUGCAA